UCCACCACUUCAUUUCCAGUCCAUACACCCAGCAACCAUGCAUCUCUGCCGCCACAAAUUAGACCAACAAUUAUGAGAUUAUAAAACCACCGCGGUGAGCUUGGUGCCCAAUCAUGGUGUUCUUACGCGAUUAUCUGAUAUGGGUUGUACUGACCUUCACGAUUCUGCACCGAGUUAACUCAGUCUCUCCCAACUGCCGUCUCAGUGUUGUUGACGAUGACAAGCUCUACGACUACAGCUUGGAUUCUCCCAUGCCCUUGUUCCCUCACGGAGUGAGAAGCGAAGAUGGGUUCUACAAGGUUGCAGGAAACAAGACUGUGAUCUGGUUUCAGCUAUGCGAUGGAAUGAUUUUCAAUCAUGACCCACCUGGAUGUGUUGAUUGCUUGGACUGUGGCGGUCCAUCACACUGUGGCAUGGGUUGUAGUGCUCUUGUAGCGAAAAACAUAGGAGGUUACGAUGUUUGCACUACAGUUGGGCGUGCCGCGAGCAUGGACAUUAACAUAAUUGAUAAGAACAAUCCUCACAUUGGUGUCAUUGUUAAGAUGUCAAGUAAUGGCCUAAAGGGAAAUUGUUCACUCUCUGUGUCUGUAAUGUGUGAUCCUAAUGGAGUUCAGGAACCAUAUUUGUUGGAGAAAACAGGGAAAUGUGACUAUGCUACAAUGCUAAAGCAUCCUUCUGGCUGUGCCAAGAUUGUACAUGUUUAUGGCAAAGGAUGGGGCUGGUUUGUAACCUUCCUAAUCAUCAUCUUGUGCCUUUUUGGAGUGUAUCUGUUGGCUGGUGCAGGUUAUCGAUAUUUCAGUCUUGGCUUUCAUGGAAUAGAUAUUUUACCAAACUUGGACUUUUGGACCGGUUUACCUCAGCAAGCACAGAGUGUGUCUGCUUCUUUAUUGCACAAAUUUAGGGGAUCUUCUCAAGUUCAUCGAAGCUCCUAUUCUCCUGUCAACUUCUGAGCGAGCAUAAAGAUUUUGUUCUAGGUUAAUCUAGUGAAGUUCAUUUUGUCUGUACUUUGCCAUCAACAGUCAGCGAACAUGAGAAAAAUUUUAUGCACACAACGGCGUACUCAAAGCUACCACUUAAUCUCUACCACACCAUAAUAUAGAAGGUGCUCUUGCCAUCUCACUCGAGCGUUCCACUCUCUCUCUCUCUCUUUUUAUUUUUUUUCAAAGGAGACCUCAUCAAUGGGGUGGAAUAGGUGCUCAUUUGGAUGUAUUGUUUGCACUCAUAGUUUAAUAUCAUAGAUGAAACUGAGUAAUGAAAACUUUAA